AUGACUUCAAAAAUCAAAAUAUAUCCGAAUCCUGGUGGUUAUUGUGAAAAGGAAUUUUAUUUUAACUAUAAGACGAAGAAAUACUGUGUACUAUGGAUAAAAUCUUACAAAGAAGACGAUUGUUAUAAAAUUCUUCAUCACAAGAUUACGGAAUUAUUAACUCGUGAAAGAAUAACAAGGAAAGAAGCUAAACAAUUCAUGGAUGACAUGAUCAAGGAGAUAUAUGAAAAAUAUUUUAGUGAAAGAUUAAAGGAGAACAUUAUUAAUGAGGACGACGUAGUUUUCAAGUUUUGUAUUAGAGUCGCUUUCGAUUCAUAUCCUUGUCUCGUGGACAUGAUCAAAGACAGAAAUAAAAAGCUUGUUUAUUGGAUGGAAUUUCACGAAACAUAG